CCUGGGCCCCCGGCUGGCUCUCAUGUGCAAACAGCACAUAGCAGACUCGCUAUGCGAGCUGCUCUCCGCUUCGAGAAGCCCAAACCCCGUCGUCCCCUUUGUUCGACACGGUUCCCCAGGCCCCGGCUGACGGGGGAAAAAAGGAAACCGGUCGCGUGGUGUCGUGCAUGUGGCCCGUAUGAUGCCAGGCACACCACUGGUUGUUUUACAAUUACAGCCCGCUUGUUGUAUCAGAAACCCGAGGUUGACAGGCGACAAAGUGCCAUGGGCCCCAGGUGCCCGUCGCUCUGGCUGUGGAUAAGCUUCUUCUCGAUGCCCUUGCCGUUCGUUCCCUGGCAUGUCGGGCUGGCUUUCUUCUGAGUAAACUUCGUUCCUAUUUCCGGCCCUCCCGAGUUGAAUAGACUUCUUUUUCUUCAAUUCUUCCUCGGUCCGCCUCUAAAGGAUCAACAAUUAAAAACUCCUAUCAGUGCCUUUUCUGUCCGCCUUGGCCUGGGGCCGCGGAUCGCCGUAUCCACCCCGACUUGUUCUCAACGGCGACUCUGCCCGACACUCGCAGAAGCGAGUCCGAUCUUGGUUCAGGAUCGCCAAUCAUGGAUCCACAGCCGUCUCGGCCCAACGAUGAAGGGUUCGGAGCAUACAUCAACGCCAUCGGAUGGCUGCUCUUGUCCCUGGCAGGCAUCGUUGUUGGUGCUCGGAUAUGGGCCAAGUUAUCUGCCCGUAAGGGUCUGUGGUGGGACGACUACAUCGUAAUUGCGGCUUGGGUCAUGCUCCUAGCAGAUGUAAUCGUCACCACCGUGGCCGUCGACGCCGGCCUUGGAAAACACAGCGUGCCAGGCGAUACGCUCAUCCGGACGAUGAUUCUCAGUACGGUGGCCCAGACACUGUCCAUCCUCGGCGCCGCCUGGUCAAAGACCUCCUUCGCCGUGACGCUGCUGCGGCUGACCGUCGCCUCGCACGUACGCUACCUGGUCUGGUUCAUAAUCAUCUCGCUCAACAUCUUCCUCACCUUCACCGCCUUUCUGCCGUUGUUCUCGUGCACGCCGGUGGGCAAGAGAUUUGACCCCCGGGUCGAUGGUAACUGUUGGGACCGCACGGUGGUGCUGACGCUGACCGUUUUCGGCGGGGCGUACUCUGCCGCUGCGGACUUUGCGUUGGCCAUCAUCCCGUGGGUGCUCAUCUGGAAUAUGCAGAUGAAUUUAAAGGAAAAGAUCGGUGUUGGCAUUUGUAUGAGCCUAGGGAUAGUCGCCGGAGCAACAUCAAUAAUGCGCUGCGUAACGAUACCCCUCAUGACCGACGAUUUCACAUCCGAAUCAGGCCAGCUUUCAAUAUGGUCAGCGGCCGAGAUCGCCACGACAAUAAUAGCUGCGUCGAUACCCAUGCUCCGGCUGUGGACGAAGACCAUGGUCAGGGCGCACUCACGAUACCACAUCUCAUCCGCAGACGGGACGUUCGAUGGGCGAGGCGUGCUCAACCAGCAGCAACAGCGGUCCAAGAUGACCAUGAUGGCGACCACGACGACCAUCACGAGCGGCGGGAACGACAUGGUCCGCAAGGCGAGCAGCAAGCGCGGGCGCACGAAGCUCGCGGACCUGGGAUGGGCGAGCCGCAGCAGCUCCGAGUCCGUGGACGUCGAGGGCGACGCCUUUGGGGCUCAUGUGGACAGGGCUGCUGUGGGAGCUGCGGGUGGCAUCGUCAAGAUGGAGACCAUCACUGUGAACUAUGAUCGGAGGACGUCAAGCAUGAUUGGCUAGCUAGACUAGCUACCUCAAAGGUCCAACUUGGUCCUGUCUCUAAAAGACCGGGUCUAAUAAAAUAUACUAUUAC